AAUUUCCCAUGUUCUACUUUGCAAUGUAACCCAGAGGGUGUCAUUCUGGUUUGUGGUUACAGAUCCUUCACAAAAUCACACUCUUCCUGCUGUUGAAGUUCAGUCAGCCAUAAGAAUGAAUAGGAACCGGAUCAACAAUGCCUUUUUUUUGAAUGACCAGACUCUAGAAUUUUUAAAAAUUCCUAGCACUCUUGCACCACCCACGGACCCAUCUGUGCCCAUCUGGAUUAUCAUCUUUGGUGUGAUAUUUUGCAUUGUCAUAAUUGCGAUUAUAUUGCUGAUUUUAUCAGGGAUCCGGCAACGUAGAAGGAAAAACAAAGGACUGUCUGAAGUGGAUGAAGCUGAAGAUAAAUGUGAAAACACUGUUACAAUUGAAAAUGGCAUCCCCUGCGAUCCCUUGGAUGUGAAGGGAGGGAAUAUUAAUGACACCUUCAUGACAGAGGAUGAACGACUCACCCCUCUCUGAGGGGCUGUUGUUCUGCUUCCCCAAGAAACUCAACACGUGUUUCUGUGUGACUGCUGAGCAUUCCAAAAUACCAAGGGCAGAGUAUAUAUUUUAUUUCACUAUUCUUCUUUUGUAAGAAAUUUUGAAUGUGCUUGAAAGUGAAAAACAAUCAACGAUACCCAUGAAGCCCACUGAAAUCAAAAGCAGAUGGCUACUAAAAUUAUUCUAAGAUAUAUUUCUGACAACAGUGUUUAAGUGUAGUCAUGUGAUAUUUGUAGUUAUUGAUUUAAACAUUUCCUGAAAUAAGGUCAGGCAUAUAUAAAUAUAUAAUAUUUUACACUUCCAAAACCUAAGACAAUUAAUUUUUUCCAGUGAACAAUAUCAAUAAUAUGGUAUAGAAAUAAUUAAAAUGUAUCUUUUUUGAAUAUUGUUUAUAUAAUUAUGUAUAUGACUAAGUUAGCAAAAGUAAAAAAUUAUAAAUGGCAUGGCAAAAAUGGGCGAUUUGAUAUACAGAGUGGAAUUUCAUCUUGUUAUUGUAUCAACAAUUGCUUAUACAUUUUCUGAAUGUCACUAAUGUCUAAUUGAACAGUUCUACUUGUUUACUAUUUCUGCAAUGUGUAAAAGUUCAAUCUCUCCUAAUUUAAUAAAGUGGUAAUCAUCUCUC